GUUUAAUAUGACACGCACAGUCAUUUUGCAAUGCGGGACAAUUGGAUCUUAACCUAUAACGUUUUGAGUCAGAAUUGAGAGUUAAACAGGAUUCAUGAGCGGACUUAUACGUAUACUAUACCUCAAGACAUCGCCAUGGUUAUUCUAGAUAUCCAUUCAUAGCAGCGGGAUUUUGACGUUCUAUCUGUAUGCGAUAGAAACGAAGUAUUGAUACCAAAAUGCCGCUCAUAAGCAGAUUUCCUGAAGUUGUGAUUCCUCAGGUUUCUCUAACGGAUUACAUCUUCAAAUCGCUUUAUCAACAUUACAACAGAAUAGCUAUCGUUGAUGCACCCACUGCCCGUGAAAUCACCUUUGGAGAAAUUGCAAAUACGACUGUAAAAUGUGCAAGUGCAUUAGCUAGACGUGGAUUGAAAAAGGGUGAUAUUGUAGCAACAUGCGCUUCCAACAGUCCGGAAUACGUCAUUGUUCUUUUAGCUGCCGCUGCGUGUGGUGCAACAAUCACUACGUGCAAUCCAAUGUAUACAGAACAUGAAAUAAAACAUCAGUUUCAGCAUUCUGAGCCAAAAAUGGCAUUUGUUAUUCCCGGGGCAUAUGAAAGUGUGAAAAAUGUCGCGGCGGUUGUACCGUCAUUGGAGAAAAUUUACACCAUUGGAAAGAUUGCCGGAGUUGAGAGUUUUGAUGAUCUCAUAAGUAAUGAUAAUGGAAGUGCUUUUCCCAGGAAUGUUCAAAUAGAUCCAUGUGAAGAUAUUUUGUUUCUUCCAUAUUCAAGCGGAACAACUGGGUUACCAAAAGGUGUGAUGUUGACUCAUCACAACUUUAUAUCAUGCAUCACAAUGUGCAAGAUAAAUCCAGGAUUUAAUUCCGACAGUAUAUAUUCUGUUCUCCCAUUGUUUCAUAUUUAUGGAUUGUUGGUAGCUUUCGUUGCUUUGGAUCAAGGAUUAAAACAUGUUCUCGAUGUCAGAUUCAAUCUUGAAAAUUGGUUCCAGUGUAUUGAGAAAUACAAGGUGACACGAUUCUCCAGCGUUCCUCCAAUGCUACUUGCAAUUGCAAAAUCUCCUUUGUUGGAAAAAUACGAUCUUUCUUCUCUGUUAACAAUAUCAAGCGGGGCUGCGCCUUUACCCCGAGAAGUCGCAUCAAUAUUGGCUUCAAAGCUAAAUUGCCCGGUUUCACAAGGCUGGGGAUUGACUGAGUGUGUUCCUAUUACAAUGGCGAAUUUGCAAAUAACCCCAUAUAACUCUGUUGGCAGUGUAUGUGCAAACACAAAAAUUAAGGUGAUUGAUAUUGAAACUGGUGCGGAACUAGGAGCAUAUAAAAACGGAGAAUUAUGUGUUAAAGGUCCUCAGAUAAUGAAAGGUUAUUUCAAAAACCCAACUGCAACUACAAGGACAAUCGAUUCAGACGGAUGGCUUCACACCGGUGAUAUUGGAUAUUAUGACGACAAUGAAAUGAUUUUUAUUAUUGAUCGACUGAAAGAGUUGAUAAAAUAUAAAGGAUUCCAGGUGGCCCCAGCUGAAUUAGAAGAAGUUCUAGUUGCUCAUCCUAAAAUUGCUGAUGCAGCAGUUGUUGGAAUUCCAGAUUUCCAAGCAGGAGAACUUGCAAAAGCAUAUGUUGUUCCAAAAGAUCCGAGUUUAACAAAGGACGAGAUCCAUAAGUAUAUCGCAGGCCAACUUUCAAAAUAUAAACAUCUGUAUGGCGGAAUAGAAUUUCGUGAUUACAUUGCGAAAAGUGCAACAGGGAAGAUUCUACGUCGUGUUUUGCGAGAAGAAGCAAAAAAAUCCAAAUUAUGAUUUAGGUCUUACUCUACUAUGCAUAUUAAUAUAUAGUAUUGAUUUGAGAAUGAAUAAUUUAUAUUUUUCCAAUUUCGAUGUUAUUUCCGAUAACGAUCCUUGUAAUAAUCGGCAGAAACUUAUAUGGCUUUAAAAGUUAGGCCUAUUACGAAUCAAGCGUGAACAAGAAUUCCUGUUAAAAUCUAUUUCUUAUAGUAUACCGAUUCAAUAUAUUGUAUCAUCUUACAACGCAAUAUAUAAGUCUUUCAAGCAUA